GCGGGGAGGAGGAGGCGUGACGGGCCAAGAUGGCGGCUGCCGGCGGCCCCGUGGAGGUGGCGCUGGUGUCGGCGGCUGAGGCGGCCUCGUCGUCCGGAGGCGGCUGCUCGGUGUGGGAAGUGGGCUCCGGGGCGUCGGUGGCCGGAUACCGCGGCUUUAGCUGCGCGGCUCGAGGGAUGGCGCUGCUGGGCGGGGAGCACCUGCUCGGGGCGCAGCUGGGCAAGGCCUGUGUGGGCGCCUGGGAGCUCCAGAGGAAGGAUCAGCUCCAGCAGAAGAUAAUCUGCCCAGGCUUGGUGUCUUGCUUGGCUGCAGCUCCCAACGGUCUCUACAUCUUGGCAGGUAUCGCCGAAAGCAUCUACCUCUGGGAGGUGUCUAGCGGGAACCUGCUUGCCAUUCUGAACCGACACUACCAGGAUCUUUCCUGCGUGGCCUUCACAGACGACAGCAGCCACUUCCUCUCCGGAGCGAAGGACAGCCUUGUGAUAGUGUGGAACCUGUACAGCGUGCUGCAGGCCGAGAACUCCCAGAGCCCAGAGCCCCGCCAUGUGUGGUCAAGACACAGCCUUCCCAUCACGGACCUCUGCUGCGGCAUGGGCGGCCCCAUGGCCCGUGCUGCCACAGCCUCCCUAGAUCAGACGGCCAAGCUUUGGGAGAUCUCCUCUGGCGACCUCCUCCUCUCUGUCGUCUUCGACGUGGGCAUCCUGUCAGUGACCCUCGACCUCACAGAAUACCACAUGUUCUGUGGUGGCAUGGACGGCUCCAUCUUCCAAGUCGACCUCUGCGCCUGGCCCGUGCAAAGGGAGAGGGGCUUCCAGACAGAAAGGGAGUCUGCCAAGAUCUUCAAGGGGCAUCGGAACCAGGUGACGUGUCUCUCUGUCUCCACCGACGGAAGCCUGCUCCUGUCUGGCUCGCAUGACGAAACCGUCCGGCUGUGGGACAUCCAGAGCAAGCAGUGUCUGCGCACGGUGAAUUACAAAGGGAUCCGGAGAGAGCAACCUGGAGAAAAAAGAGCGGCUGUACUCGCAGAUGUGUGCGACAAGAGAAAAGAACUUGAUGGGAGACCAGGAGCAGCUGAAGAUCCAAGUGACUCAACUGGAGGAAGAGGUGGGCACCUUGCGCAAGAUCAACAAAGGCCUCUUCGACUUCUCCAGCCGCCUCAUCAUGAAGCAGGGCAAAUAGCGGGGGGACGGGACCUGCUCCUCCGAGCCCAGCCUGGUGGCAGCAGAGUGCUCUCCCCUUGGGACAAGAACCUGGCGGCAGCCACACGCAGCGCCUGGGUGCCAAAACCUCUUCCCUGGUCAGAGGGGCAGGAACGCUGUUCAUACCCUUGCCCGCUGGCAGGAUCAGGCUUCACACAUCCAGAAAUUGGGGGGGGGGCAGAGAUGGUGUAAGUCAGGAUGGUUCCAACAGGACGUUACAAUCAGACAUGGCCGUUCCCCCUCCCUGCUCCUCUUCCUCAAACAAACCAACAGGCCCUUUCCACAUCCUCUCGUUUUGCAAAGGAUUCUGGGCCGCGCCAUACGACCUGUUGCUGCUCCACCGCUGCCUUUGCCGCCAGGGAUUGGUGAUCAGUAGUACGCCUGCUUCCUUUGGGGAGGGGGCAUGCAGGUGGGUUUUGGGGGUUCACCAGCCGUUCUGGCAUUCCGCAACUGGCAGGCAGAUCUCCUGGCCACAGCCAGUCCAGGAGGAGAACAGUCGUCGUCAGCAAAGAGGCCUCGAUUCCUUUUAACACGGUGUUUUUGAGAGCGACAGAGAGCGCCCCCCCCCUUGAAAGCGGGGGAGAGGGGAGAGUCUUGUGUUGCAUCGUUCCUCAGGCUGCAGAAAUGAGGCAUUGGAUUCUGGGCUGGGUAAACCUCUCCAGGUGAUUUGUGCUUCUCAACGCUUUUCUCCCCUCAUUAAAAACAUGCACAAAUCUCCCAAGCGCUCCCUGCUUUAUGAAAGCUAGCCAUUCAGGGGUUAUGCACCCCCCCAAUGCCUUUUUUACAUGUAGGGAGAGAUUUAUUUAUUUACAUUUUAUUGAGCCUGCGCAAAUUAGACCUUCCUGCCAUUGAACUGAACCACUAACAUUCACGCAGCUCCGUCAUGCACGGUGCGCCAGAUCGUAUCCUUAACCCUCCUCUCGUUGGUCAGGACACGCAGCUCCGUAUCCCAAGCUGCUUUUUUUGUACUCUGGUGAAUCUGCUUCUCCUUCCUGUCCUCUCUCUCCCCCUACAACCCUUGUCUUUCUUCAUUUUACUUCCUUUAAAAGAAAUACCUCUGACAAAUCCUUUUCCUUUUAUUUCUUGUUUUUUGUUUUGUACUUUUUUUAAAUAAAGGACUGUUUACCGAAA